AUGUAUCUUCAGUCAAGCGGCUCUUGCGGGUAUGACGUCUGGCUGGACAAGGACGAGGAAGUGGAGUUUUACACGUACUGGUCCCGCUUCACCGUCAAGCAGACGUACGACAAGCUCCAGCCGAAGAGGGUGUUCACACCACAAGUCUCCAACCAUCACUCCAGCCCCGGCGAGUGGAACACUGACAUCGCGAUACAUGGGCCGCAGAAUGCGCGGCACGGGUGGCAAUGGUACGAGAUGGGGUUCUUCGCAUGCUAG